AAAAGUUGUUCUAUUAACAUUUUAAGUGAUAAUAUUUAGGAAAUGUCGCUGAUUCACUCCCUCCCCUUUUAGCCUCCAUUCUUGAAUAAAUAAUUUGUGAGAGAUGGUGAAUAAAAAGCGUGCACGGCUUCGUUUCAAGUGACACUGAAUUAAGAACUCUAGACACACUUGAGAUAUGUAAAUGUGAAUAAAUAAAAUCCACACAGAGUAAUUCCUAAGGAUUGGACAAUAACUUCACAGCGUUUAUUUCCCGAUUUAUCACAAUUUAUCCGAUUUCCGGUUCCGCAAAAAAUCUGCCAGUAGAGAAAGGCGACGAAUCCAGUUCCGUAAUGUUUAUUCCGGUUUGGUGACGUGUUCAGGUGUGUGUUGUAUAGUUGGAAGGGAUCAGGUGGGGAAGGCUGCUAUGGUCACCUUGUAUCCCGUGGAGAAUGUGCAGAAUUGUCUGACCCAUCGCCCACCACUGGUUGUGUUUUUUCUCUGUCUUCUGACUAUUGCAUCUGCUUUUAUCGCUUUUGCAGUUUAUGUUGAAACUCAUGCAGUCCGUGACCCUGACGUUGAACAGGACUGGAAUGACUUUCUGCAGACCAUUAGUAAGCUGCAUUUCUGUUUUUCUGACAAUGAGACUGCCAUGGAGGAGGAACUAAGCCAUAUAACUACAUGCUCCAUUAAGCAUCACUCACAAGCUAACCUGAUUGACCACGGUCAUAAAAAGGUUCCAGAAACCAACACAUCUUCACUGGACAGCACAACAGUGACUUGGACCCUUAGAGUUCCCAUGAUGUUUAACGUACCACAAAAUGUGAAAGUAAUCCCAAGUAACACUGGUUUUCAAACUGCAGUAUGUGGCCGUGCAGUUGGGCUGAAAGGCCUUGCUGCAGAUGAACUGAUUAAUAUCACCGUGGUCUUCCUACAGUUCAAACAGCAGUGUGAGCAAAGCAAUACAUGCAUAUCGUCUGAACAGAUAGACACUUGUAUUACUAUAUCAGCACCACAGUAUGUUCUUCCAAAAACGAAGCUUCCUCCUUUAUGUGAUACUGUGAGUGGCCUUAACAGUUCUGUACCUGUAUUCCUGUCUUUGCCUCAGGUUGCAGUAUCUCAGGACACCAUGGACUGUUACACAGCUUCCUACUCUCCUAACGCAAACCUCACUGAUUUCCUGUCAGAGCUGUCUGUUUCUGAUCAAGCAGCACGUUCCUUGUGUAAGGUCCGCUUGAUGAAUGCUGGUUACACUCUUCUAAUGCUGGCAGGUGUCAUCUGUGUGUUUGCAGUAGUUUCCGUUCACACAAAAAAGACAAAUCACCAGCAAAGGACACAAUUAAAAAAGGUUUACCAAACGAGCCUCUGAGAUGAAAGAUCUUGAGGGUGAUGUUAUUGCAGCUUCUUAAUGUGGAAGUCUUCAGCACUAAGAACCAAUAAAGCAGACCCUUGGGAAUCCUUAGAUGUGCCAGUUAGGGAAGGCUGACCAAAGCAGUAGUGAUUUUCUAUUCUUGCUCUUGGUGGACUUUCUGAGCAUUCGUUCAUUCCCAAUGGCACCAAACAAUGUUAUGUCUGAUCUAGUGAUUUGCACUGUUUACUUCCCCUCAUGUUAAAAUCACUGUGACCUGACUCCAGAAUGUCAUGACUUCUAAAAGCCUUUAUUACCUGAUCCUACUGUGAAUUUCUGGUAUACCUGUUCUCAGUAGUGCAAAAUGAAAAAAAUGUUUUAUGUUACUAUUUAAUGUCUUGUUUAACCAGUUAAAAAUGCAUGUGAUCCUUUGUUUA